AUGUUCACGACUGAGCGUCUUUAUCUACGCGCCUUCAGGGACUCCGACUUGGAGUCCCUCCUCAACCUCUGGAACGACCCACUCGUUCAGCCAAUGAUUACGAACGAAUACAUCUGUCCGCGCGGAAGCAGAUUUGCCGAAUUCCUCCGCAAAGCGGCUGAUUCAGAGAAGAAUACCCUCUGGCUCAUCGUCAAGGCACGCGAUUCGGGAGAAUUCGUGGGACAGACAACGUUAACGGUGGGAAAUCAUAAGAAUCGCGAUGGUACAUUCGGUGUUAUGCUCUUGCCCAAGUUUUGGGGUCAGGGGUAUGGGACUGAGGUUACAAAGUUUGUCGUGGACUAUUCGUUUAGAGAACUGGCGCUGCACAGGGUUUCUUUAUCGGUCUUUGAAAGGAACAAGAGCGCUAUCAAUUUGUAUAAGAGGAUGGGAUUUCUUGAGGAAGGUCGAAAGCGGAAGGCCAAUUGGGUUCAUGGAGGAUGGGAGGAUAUUUUCUUGAUGGCAAUAUUGGAUGAGGAAUGGGAGGUACAACGUGUGACGUUAAAAUUAGGUUGA